AUGUCGGAUAUGUCAUAUGACCUCCUGUCUUCAGACUUGGAAGAGACCGCAGACUUCAUCGCUCUCAGUUUCAACAUCGCUGACCCCUUGUGUUUCACGUGUUGUGACGUGAUCACUGACCAGUACUAUCUACGUGCUGGGAAUCACGUGUGGCACGAGCACUGUCUGCGUUGCUGUGUGUGUCAGGUGACGCUUGGUGGACAUUCUUCUUGCUUCGUUAGGGACGGUAACAUAUUCUGUCAGAGAGACUUCGCCCGCGUUCAAGAGACCAAGUGUAGUUCCUGUCUACGUAACAUCGAGUCCGGAGAUUGGGUCAGAUCGGCUGGAGAGAACAUGUACCACCUUGCAUGUUUCUCAUGCAGCAUGUGUCAAAGACAGCUUUCCACAGGAGAAGACUUCGCCAUCCACGACAGCCGCGUACUUUGCCGAGUCCACGUCCUCAACCCCGACGACGAGAGUGUCACCUGCCGACCCAAAUCCAAGAGAUUCCGAACAGCCUUCAACGAGGACCAGGUAGCUGUUUUCCAGAAGUACUUCGACCUUGACACCAACCCAACCGGAAGUGACCUCGGGAUGAUCGCAGAAGAGGCGGGUCUUCCCAGAAGAGUGGCCCAAGUGUGGUUCCAGAAUGCACGUGCCAAGCUCAAGAGAACCAUGCACUGA